AUGGCAUUUAACAAUGCUCAGUUGCAGUCAUCUAUUCUGUUCAAGAAUCAGAGUUUUAGGAAUGCUGCCACCUACUCUAGGUAUCUUCGUCGCUUUCGAGACCGUCCUCUUUAUCCAUCGUUCUCCAUUCAGCCUACUGCCUUUUCCAAAUAUGACAUGAAUAUUCCUGCCUAUCUUCAUAUGCUAGGAUGGGAAUCUCUGGUGUCUGACCUGAGGUUCAGUCAAUGUCCUGAGGCUGUACGCCUCUUCUAUGUCAAUCUUCGUAGAGGUCCAGGAAGUGAUUCUUCCUUCUUCACUACUCUCGUCUAUGAUUAUGAAAUCAAAGUGACACCUGAUUUGCUAGCAUCUAUGCUGGAAAUACCUCAUGUUGGUGUCGUUUUGAUAAACAAGAAAGGGGAGUUACUUUACUCUUUUCAUUGA